AUGGCGGCAGCGGGGGCAGAAGGCAGCUGCGGCGGCGAGGAUGAGGGGCUGACGCUGCUGGGGUUCUGGUCGAGCCCGUACGUGCUCCGCGCGCGGUUCGCGCUGAACCUCAAGGGCAUCCCCUACAAGUACGUGGAGGAGGAGCUGUUCGGCGACGGGACCAAGAGCGCGCUCCUCCUGGCCUCCAACCCGGCGCACGGCGGGAAGGUGCCGGUGCUCCUGCACCACGGCAGGCCCGUGGCCGAGUCGCUGGUCAUCGCGGAGUACGUCGACGAGGCGUUCCCGGACCGGCGCCCGCGCCUCCUCCCCUCCGACCCGCACGAGCGCGCCACCGCCCGCUUCUGGGCCGCCUGCGUGGAGCAGAAGAUGGUGCCGGCGUGGGCCCCCGUGUUCUGCGGGAGGACGCUGGAGGAGCGGGUGAAGGCGGCGGGGGAGCUGGUGGCCGUGCUGGAGACGUUCGAGGGAGUGCUCGCCGGGGGGAGGACGGAGUUCUUCGGCGGGGAGAGCGCGGGGCUGGUGGACGUGGCGCUGGGCGGGUUCAUCUGGUGGCUGCGCGCGUCGGAGGCCAUGUGCGGCGUGAAGACCAUCGACCCGGCGAGGACGCCGCUGGUGGCGGCGUGGGCGGAGCGGUUCAGCGCGCUGGACGGUGUGCGGGAGAUGGCGCCGGACAUGCCGACGCUACUGGAGUAUCACCUCUGGACGCGGGCUCGCUUCGGGCUGCCGUUCCUCCCGCUGCACCAGCCGCCGCUGUAGAUUAUUCAGUUCCAAGCUGCUUCCAACUUCCCAAGCCAACCAUCGCGCUGCAAUUCAAUGGUGUAGUAGUGUCACUAGGCUUACUGUGGUGUGUUCUUAGCGUUCUCGCUUCGGAUUCCUGAAUUUCUGCCUGUAGUGUUGCUCUUAUGAAUAAGGGUGUGACUUUGGAUCGAGAAUUAACUCAAUUCUCAUCCAAGUCAUCCAAGUCAUGGUAUCCCCACCAUUUUAUUGUAUGUGAGCAAUUA